CGCUGAGGAAGAAGGAAGUUCACAUAACACUUUGCAUUCAAGAUCAUUCAAGACAUGCACGAGUUUUGUUCACUGGUGUCUCUGCUUUGACUACAGCUGCAGAUGGAAAGGUUUAAAAUCUUCCUUUUGACAGUGGCAGUGAGUGCGCAAGUAACAUCUCAAGACAGCACUGAUGAACUGCCUCAAGCACAAAUCCAGUCUAACUGGACUGAAGCAUUUACUGGUGAAAAAGUGUCUUUGCAGUGUGUCAUUCAAAGUGUAUCGACAAGCUUGAAUUAUUUGUGGUUCAAGGGCUCAGACAAGAUUGUCUCCAGUGGUGAAAUAAGCAUAAAUGGAAAUACUCUCACACUCUCAGUUGACUCCAGUCGUAACGGGACAUAUGAGUGUCAAGCUGAGCUGCAGGGCAGAAAUGUGACGACUGCAAAACCGUAUUUGUUAAGAGUUAAAGAACUGCCUCACCCGAAAUUGUCAAUAGAGUCUAAAUGGAAAGUGUUUUACCCAACUGAGAAAGUGACUCUGAAGUGUUCAAUCGAUGAAGAUUCAAAUGAAUGGGGCUAUGAAUGGUUUAGAAACGGAAAUCAACUUCACGAGGACAUUUCCUCAUCUGGAAACACACUCUCCAUCAGCUCAGCUAAAGCAAUUCAGUCAGGACAGUACACCUGCAGAGGAAAACAUCUGACAAGACCGACAGUGACUACAAAUCAAACUGAAGCUGUGCAACUUCGUAUUCAGGAUGACACACCAAAACCAACCAUUACAAAACAUCAGUGGUUUGAAUUCUUCUAUACUGAGGAGCGAGUCCAGCUUCACUGUAACAUGCCAGGAGACGGUUGGGAAUACCACUGGCAUAAAGACUCGAAUCCUCUGACCACAAAUCCAGAAUUAACCAUCAACUCCACAUCUGUCAAUGACACUGGUGUUUAUCACUGCAAAGCACAGAGAGGAGACUUCUCAGUGGACAGUGAGACUGUUCAAGUGCGAGUUCAAAAACCGCCUGAACCACAAAUCCAGUCUAAUUGGACAGAAGCGUUUCCUGGUGAAAAUGUGUCUUUGCAGUGUGUCAUUCAAGAUGUAUCAAAAAACUGGAAUUAUUUGUGGUUCAAGAACUCAAGCGAAAUCUCCAGUGGUGAAAUAAAUAUAAAUGGAAAUACUCUCACACUCUCAGUUGAGUCCAGUCAUAACGGGGCAUAUGAGUGUCAAGCUGAGCUGCAGGACAGAAACGUGACUACUGCAAAAAGUACAUCGCAUUCGUUAACAGUCCAUGGAUCACAGCCAACAAUCCUUCUGGAGCAAGAUCCACCAUACCCUGAGAUCUACACUGGAGAGCAAGUCAAACUCAGUUGUAGAAUUCAAGAGCAGACAUCACAAUGGGAAUAUCUGUGGAAAAAAGAUUCACAGCAAGUAAACACUGACGUCAACAAUUCCAUUUACACUAUUCAGAAUGCUACACGUUCGCAAAAAGGGGAAUAUACUUGCCACGUACAAAGGAGAGAGAUGACAUUUGCAAAGUCUACAAAUUUGACAAUAAGAGAACGGCCUGAACCAAAAAUCCAGUCUAAUUGGACAGAAGCAUUUACUGGUGAAAAAGUGUCUUUGCAGUGUGUCAUUCAAGAUGUUUCUGAAAACUGGAAUUAUUUGUGGUUCAAGAACUCAAGCGAAAUCUCCAGUGGUGAAAUAAAUAUAAAUGGAAAUACUCUCACACUCUCAGUUGAGUCCAGUCAUAACGGGGCAUAUGAGUGUCAAGCUAAGCUGCAGGACCGAAAGGUGACGACUACCAAAAGCACAAUGCAUUUGUUAAGAGUUAAAGAACUGCCUCAGCCGAAAUUGUCAAUAGAGUCUAAAUGGAAAGUGUUUUACCCAACUGAGAAAGUGACUCUGAAUUGUUCAAUCGAUGAAGAUUCAAAUGAAUGGGACUAUGAAUGGUUUAGAAACGGAGCUCAGCUUCACGAGGAUGAGGACAUUUCCUUUGCUGGAAACACACUCUCCAUCAGCUCAGCUAGAGCAAAUCAUUCAGGACAGUACACCUGCAGAGGAAAAUAUAUGAAGAGAACAUCAGUGACUACAAAUCAAACUGAAGCUGUUCAACUUCAUAUUCAGGGCAUCACACCAAAACCAAACAUUACAAAACAUCAGUGGUUUGAAUUUUUCUACACUAAGGAGCGAGUCCAGCUUCAUUGUAAUAUGCCAGGAGUAGGUUGGGAAUACCACUGGUAUAAAGACUCGAAACUUUGGAUCACAAAUCCAGAAUUGACCAUCGACUCAGCAUCUGUCCCUGACACCGGUGACUUUCACUGCGAAGCAAAGAGAGGUAACUUCUCCAUGGACAGUGAGACUGUUCAAGUGCGAGUUCAAAAACUGCCUCAGCCGAAAUUGUCAAUAGAAUCUAAAUGGAAAGUGUUUUACCCAACUGAGAAAGUGACUCUGAAUUGUUCAAUCGAUGAAGAUUCAAAUGAAUGGGACUAUGAAUGGUUUAGAAACGGAGUUCAGCUUAACAAGGACGAGGACAUUUCCUCAUCUGGAAACACACUCUCCAUCAGCUCAGCUAAAGCCAGUCAUUCAGGACAGUACACCUGCAGAGGAAAACAUCUGAUGAGAACGUCAGUGACUACAAAUCAAACUGAAGCUGUGCACCUUCAUAUUCAGAAUGGCACACCAAAACCAAACAUUACAAAACAUAAGUGGUUUAAAUUCUUCUACACUGAGGAGCAAGUCCAGCUUCACUGUAACAUGCCAGGAGACGGUUGGGAAUACCACUGGCAUAAAGACUCGAAUCCUCUGACCACAAAUCCAGCAUUGACCAUCAACUCCACAUCUGUCUCUGACACCGGUGACUUUCACUGCAAAGCAAAGAGAGGAGACUUCUCAGUGGACAGUGAGACUGUUCAAGUGCGAGUUCAAAAACCACCUGAACCACAAAUCCAGUCUGAUUGGACAGAAGCAUUUCAUGGUGAAAACGUGUCUUUGCAGUGUGUCAUUCAAGAUGCAUCAAAAAAAUGGAAUUAUUUGUGGUUCACAGACUCAGACAAAAUUGUUUCCAGUGGUGAAAGAAGCAUAAAAGGAAACACUCUCACACUCACAAUUGAGUCCAGUCAUAACGGGGCGUAUGUGUGUCAAGCUGAGCUGCAAGACAGAAAUGUGACGACUGAAAAAAGUGCAGCGCAUUCGUUAACAGUUCAUGAACGGCCUCAACCGAAAUUGUCAUUAGAGUCUCAGUGGAAUAUAUUUUACCCAACUGAGAAAGUGACUCUGAAGUGUUCAGUCGAUAAAGAUUCAAAUGAAUGGGGCUAUGAAUGGUUUAAAAACAAAGCUCCGCUUCACGGGGACAAAGACGUUUCCUUAUCUGGAAACACACUCUUCAUCAGCUCAGCUAAAGCCAGUCAUUCAGGACAGUACACCUGCGGAGGAAAAUAUAUGAAGAGAACGUCAGUGACUACAAAUCAAACUGAAGCUGUGCACCUUCAAAUUAAUGAUAACACCCCAAAACCAAACAUUACAAAACAUGUGUGGUUUGAGUUGCUCUACACUGAUGAACAAGUCCAGCUUCAUUGUGAAAUGCAAGGAGUCGGUUGGGAAUACCACUGGUAUAAAGGCUUAAAUUUUCGGAUCACAAAUCCAACUCACACCAUCAACUCAACAACUGUUGCUGACACUGGUGACUAUUAUUGCAAAGCGCAGAGAGGAGACUUCUCAGUCGACAGUGAGACUGUACAAGUGCGAGUUGAAGCUCAUCCACCUGCCUUCCUAAAUCUGGAGACUGAACUGAGCGACAUCAUGACUGGAGAAGUGACUCUCAGGUGUAACGUCUCAGACGGGAGACAGUGGAACUACACCUGGUACAUGAACAGACAGAAGCUCGACGAAUCCUCAGAUGUACUCAAAGUGCCAGGAAAUGAAGAAACAAUCAAAAGUGAAUUCAAGUGCAAAGGAAUAAGGACAGAGAGGCCGCUGUACUCUGCUCUGAGUGACGGCUUCACAGCCAAUAAUAUUAUAUUCAAAAGAAAAAUACUGCUGGCAAUCUCAGGAUGUCUCGUCUGCUGUAUUGUAAUCCUGAUCAUUGGAUGCAUUGUUUUAAAAAUCACCCGUAAACCAGGGGUAAAAGAAAGAGCAACAGAGGACUUGUUUUUCUCAAUGAAAGACUCCAACAACCAAAUUGUUUCACCCAUGAAGGAGUACAUGGACGACAUACCAAUAGAGCUGGAGGAAUGUCAGGAAACAGAAGAACUGAUCACUGAUCAUGCUUCAGCCAUUCAUGAGGAUGGUGUGAUUGAAGAUGAAGAAACACCAGCAUCAGAAUCCAAUGGCCUGACAUCAUUUAAGGGGGUGAAAGAUACAGCACCAGAGGACUUGGUUUUAUCAGUGACAGACUCCAAAAACCAAGCUGUUUCACCCAUUAAGGAUAUAGACAACAGUCCAACAGAGCUGGAGGAAUGUCAGGAAAAAGAAGAACUGAUCACUGAUUGCGCUUCAGCCGUUCAUGAGGAUGGUGUGGUAAUUAAAGGUGAAGAAACACCAGCAUCAGAAUCCAAUGGCCUGACAUCAUUUAAAAUUUCUCUUAAAGGUGAAGAAACACCAGCAUCAGAGUCCAAUGGCCUGACAUCAUUUAAAGAUGAAGAAACACCAGCAUCAGAGUCCAAUGGCCUGACAUCAUUUAAAGAUGAAGAAACACCAACAUCAGAAUCCAAUGGCCUGACAUCAUUUAAAGAUAAAGAAAAACCAGCAUCAGAAGCCAAUGGCCUGACAUCAUUUAAAGAACUCUGAAGCAUUUUGCCAGCGAUCAGCCUCACAAUGGAAUUUCUGUAUGUGUACCGAGGCACAGCUAAAUGACGUGCUUAUUUUAAAACAACUGUAUUAGCAUGGCACUCUGUCUGCUUGUGUAUAAUUGAACUGCAGUGUUGUGGAGACAGAGUGCUGUAAAUGAAGACAGUGUUUGUAAGGGGAGAUUAAUUAAUGGAUAACAGGAAAAUUAGUUAUCAGAAAAAAAGGAAAAAAAAUCUGUACAUAUCUGUACAUACCCAUACCGUCUGUUUCAUAUUGCAAAUAUUACAGCACCACAGAAAACAAGAAGUAUUGAUUGUAAUACACCAUACAAUGAUGGAUGAUUUGUUAAUGUAAUGUGUUUGAAUAUUGAACAAGCUUUUAUUUUUUGCUC